GAUCUUUAAUCAUUCAUAAUAGAUAUUUGAAUCGUAUAAACUCUGAACUGUCCGCUCUGCCUGCCUCUUUGGUAACCGUUUACGCAAAGUUGCCGAACCUAAUGUUGGUCUAGCAGACGAGUGGACGACGUGAUUUUUGGUAAACCGUGUCGAGUAUCUGGCAUUCCUGUGAUGUAUUUUACGAAAUAUUAAAGUCGUUAUGUAAGCUGGGAUACAUUUUCGUAUUUGAAGAAAUUGUCUCAGUGAAAGUGAAAGCUAUGGCUUUAGUUCUUCAAAGUUACUCUCGUUGGUUCUCAUCAACGAUCAGGCUUGUGUCACGAGUGAGUAGGGCAGGAAAAACAAAAAGGUGGUGUAGCAACGAUGGCCAAACGCCCAGCUCGCAAUUUGGUCACUCGGUGAUCUUACUUCAAGACGGUUUAAAUAUUGAAGAACUCCCUAUUGCAGUAAGAAGAGCCAACAGUCAAUUUUUACAAAUGAGAAUGAAGAACCAUUUAGUGGUAGACAAUGACUGCUCAACGGGUGAAGCACCAUCUGAUUCAAUCUUCAGAAAAUGUUUAAAUCUUGAAGCAGUAAUUUCUAAAUUGGAUGAAUUCAACAUCGAAGAAGUGACUGCUCCAGUUGCCCAUCAAGCCUUAGCCAGAAUGGCAGAAUUGGGAAGGAACAUGGAGUACCGUAAUAGUGGUGCAGAGCUAGACAAAUCUUUCACUCUGGAUUCUGUUCUACUUCAGCUGGGAACCACAAUUUGCAAGACUGGAACAACAGAUAAUUUAAUUGGAAGUCUACAAUUAAUUCUUUUGCCCUCAUUCCCUUUCAGAGUUUCCUCACUGAGAAUACUUUUGGCUGAAAAUUGCCUUAAUCGAGUACUUGAUAACCUGUGCAGCGUCGUUCAAGUAUGUAAAAUAAUCGAACUUUUCUCGGCUAUGUCACAACCAGAGUGGGCCGACAAAUGUUGGGUUGGACUAAUAGGCCGACAGAUGACUGAAUCCGACAUAUUGCGUGUGUUUCAAAUUUUAACGCGUGUAAAGGAGAGCCAACGUGCCAUUUUCCACUAUGUCGAGCGAAUACUGGUGUCCGGGAUUAAUCAAUUAGACGAACGAGGAGUUCUACAAAUUUUGUCGAUUGUUGCUGACCUAAAUCUUCCUCACAGACGAAUUUGCACACUCGUUUCGAACUGGAUGAAAUUGAAUUUACAUACCAUAUCUGAAGACGGAAUAGCCAAGUUGUUGAACCUGUACCGCCGACUGGAUCAUUCCGAUAAAUAUUUCGUUCAAGCAGUCGAAAGAUUCUUCAAAUCCAGACAAUCAACAUCCAACAGACUUGAUGAAGACCUGAUAAUCGCAGCAUCGGAUUAUUUUCGCCAUUUUCAAUAUUGCCCCACAGUAGUUUUCAAUGUAGUGGCAGACGGGUUUUCCCGUAUGGGUCAUGAAAAAUUGAGUGUUCGCACAGUUGAAGCUGUUUUGACCGCUUUCGGUUUGCUGGAUUUUCAUCCCGACAACGAUUUUGCAUUCUGGUCAGCUGCAGAGGAAGUGAUUGAGAAAAGAAUUGUUGAAUUUCGACCGGAAUCUCUCUUGGACGUCCUUUUGUCGUGUGUCUAUCUUCAACGUUAUCCAAUGAACUUCAUACCCCAAGUUUACUCUUCAAACUUCAUCAAUCGGGUGCACAGUCAAACGGAAGAUAUCAUCGAGAAUUGUCGCUCCAAGUUGAGAUUACUAGAUGCUGCCAUGAGUUUCGAAUGCGGCCAGUACGGUUCAUCCUACUUUCAACCCAAGGACUACCACCCUAAAACGCUGCCGCGUGACGGUCGUAUCAUUCGGAUGAUCAAUCAAUUAGUCACCCCAAUUCAAGAAAUUUGCGGAGAUCAAUUCAAAGUCUUGCCUUCCACCUUGUUAAGAGACCUCCCACUUAACCAUGCGUACAUGAUUGAUAUUCUUGUUUCGCCAGCAAAUGAAAUGACUCAAUGCCGUUACGGGAACAGCCGUGUCUCCGGAAAACGAAAUUGCUUGGCGAUCCUUAUUCAUCCACCAGAACACUAUGCAAUUCAUUCGCCUUCAAAGAAAACAUUUGUGGGCAUCGAAGCUAUGAGACAUCGUCAUCUGUUAUUAAUGGGAUUUCAACCACUUCAUCUUGAUUGGCAUGAAGUUAUCUCGUUGACGAACAAGAAAGAAACACAGUUGCUCCAGUCGUAUAUUGAUAGUCGUCUAUUUUCCUUUUUGAAUGACUGUACUCGCUUUUAACCGCAGGCUAAACAGUUAUUUAAUGUCCGUGUGAUAAUUUCGGAAAUACAUUUGCGCUCCGUGUAAACAAA